AUGGCUACCCCUAGCGUUCUCACCUUUGAUGCUGAGGGUCGGGCUGUCAACUUUGAUGUCAGGGUCGAUGAUCUGCAGCUUUUCCUGCAGUGCGAUAGGAAAGACGGUCUCUCACUGUUCGAUCUCACGUCUGGCGCCUCUCCUGCCCCUACUACCGAUGCUGACAGCACUGUUCGCUCACAGUGGGCCAAACGUGAUGCUGCUGCCCGUCUUGCUGUGCGUAGUCACUUGCCAUCCACUGAGCGCGCGCACUUUAGUCAGUACAAGAGUGCUAAGACCUUGUACGACGAUGUAGUUGCACGCUACUCUUCCCCUGCCACUGCUGCCCUUAGCCGCCUCAUGCUGCCGGACCACUUCCUCUCUGUUUGCCCCACCACACUCACCGAUGACCUCCUCGAGGAGCGCCUCCUGGCAGCUGAGAAGAGUAUAGUCGCUGUAGGAGCAUCUCCUGGUGACCCUCGUACCCCCUCCCCGCUUUUGCCCUCUGUUGCCUCUGCUGCUGCCGUCGACUUCGUUGGCAUCGAGUCGGUCGGCGCUGCGUCUGCCCCUAGCGGGAGACGCCGCACCGGCAAGAGCAAGGGGGGCAAGGGCGCUGGAGGGGGUGGCGGAGGCGGUGGAGCGGGGUGGGGGUGCUGGUCCUUGUGCCUACGUCCUGCGUACCGGCGGCCGCACUGGUCGGGGGUUGCUAUCUUUGAUCUGGAUUAUGAUGCUAUUCUUGCUGCCAUGUAUAUUGUGUCUACUAGUGAUGAGGGUGACUGUUACCUGUGUGUUCCGCCUGACCCGGGCAUUGAGGCUGCUCCUCUAGGUGCUGGUGAGGCUGCUACUCUAGGUGCUAGUGCGUCUGCUGCCCCAGGUGCUGGUGAGUCUGCUCUCUCAGGUACCACGUCGGCUCAGGCCUUACACACCUUCACCCUUGACUCGGGUGCUUCCCGCUCCUUCUUUCGAGACCGCACCACGCUUACGCCGCUUAGUCGGCCAAUUGCGGGCUCCCUGGCGGACCCCUCUGGGGGUCCUGUCCUUGCCCACUUCUCCACUGUCUUACCGUGUCCGGCGGCCCCCUCUGGCACCCUGUCCAGUCUCUACCUCCCCUUGUUCUCUACGAACUUGGUGAGUGGUGCUGAUCUAUAG